GGUGUUCUACGCAUGGGACAAAAUGGCGGCGCCCAUGAAAAAAUGACCGGCUUCUGCGUUACAUCACGGUUUGAGACGUUAUACGUGAUGAUCUGAACGUCGGUGAACGUCAGAAGGUAUCCUAUUAUAUGAGAAUAUCGAUGUGUGAAUAUGGCCAAUUUAACCAGGAUAUUUAGCAGACAAAUGCAACUCUGUGCAAGAACUUUUCCCGGAGGUUUGUUCAAACAAUGCAGAAACAGUGUAUACACUACCUGCAGUGGGGCUCUGCAAAAAGCACCUGCCUGCCCAUCUGGCAGCUACAGACAAAAAACGGCACAGCUGCACAGCUCAUCACAGCACCUGGCGGCAAAGGACACCCAGGAGAGGAACGACUCGCGAGCACUUGUGCUUCACCAGCAGAUCUUUGAAGACAUUGACCCUGAGGUCAGGACUAAAGCAAACUUCCUGAAGGUUCUGGACAACUUCACCAAGAAGGACAUCCGCCGACGAGGCCAUGUGGAGUUUAUCUAUGCCGCCCUGGCGAAGAUGAAGGACUUUGGGGUGCAGAAAGACUUGGAGGUGUACAAUAAGAUAUUCGAUGUGUUCCCUAAGGAAGUGUUUGUGCCCACAAAUUUCAUCCAGUCGCUGUACAACCACUACCCCAGGCAGCAGGAGACUGGCAUAGCCAUACUGGAGCAGAUGGAGUAUCAUGGUGUCAUGCCGAGUGCAGAAACAGCAGACCUGAUCAUCAAGGUGUUUGGCUUCCGUAGUCACCCCAUGAAGAAGUUCCGGCGUAUCCUGUACUGGUUCCCCAAGUUUAGACACAUCAACCCCUACCCCUUACCCGACCCUCUCCCCACAGACCCUGUGGACCUGGCCAGACUGGCACUCAGGAGGAUGGCUGAUGACAGGAAGGCUGAGUUUAAGAUUUAUCAGAGAGAAGAUGAUGAAACUGAGUCCCAGGUUAAGACCUAUGUGACGAGUAUUCAGACAGUUGAGCAGCAGAAGAUGCUUGCUGAACAUCCUCAGGACGUCCCAGUCUAUGUGGAGGGGAGCUUCCGACUGUGGCUUAAAGACAAGCAGGUCUACUACCACAUACUCAGGUCAGACUUACUGGAAGGAACAAAAGAGCAGGGGAUGAAGGAGAAGGAGUGGGUGGAAGACGACUUCACCAAAAACAAUGAGGAACGAAGAAGAUGGCUGGACCCAGUUGCUUUUGUGGAAAAUGUUCCUGAGGGUCCGGUGUUUGCUAUCUGCAUCACCGGCAGUAGCUGCCAGGAGUCUCUCAACACUUGGAUCAAAGGACUUCAGGAGGACAACCCUGCUCUGAAGAAAAUCCCUGUUAUCUUCAAACUUAGCUCAGCUUCUACACAACUGGCAGCAGCUCAAUAACAACAAGACCAACAUAUAGAAAUGAACUACUUUCAUGAAACUGAUGAAAAUUGCAGUUUUUUGUAAGAAAAAGUAAGGAAAGGGAAGGGAAACCAACCUUAACCUUCUCCCUACUGCCUAAAUUGCUAACCUAUACAGUAGAUGAAGGCAUACAUGUAUAGGAUGCCCCAAAUUGUUUUGUGUGGAAGGUAGUUUGCCUGUCCUCAUCAAAAAUAAUAGCUUUAAGUGGGUAGUUUGAUUUUUAUCUGUCUUGUCAGAAAAACACAUUUUAUUUCCUGCAUGUCUUAACAUAAACGGAGUGUGUUUACCACAAAUAGAUAUCAAGCUAAAGCAAUUGUAGAACUGUACUGCUUUUAAGAUUCCCUAAAUCCAUCCAUAUACAAAUUUUCUUAUCAUUGUUUGUCUUUUCCCCGCCACAGAGAGAAAAGUAUGAGUUCCAUCGAGUUAGGCAGAAAACAAAGAGAAUUGUUACCAUUGUGAUGAAUUCUUAACUGCACAUGUGAUGAAAAUGGCAACAAUUUGUGAUUUUUGUUAGUCCACAAGAAGAUAUAUAUGUAUAUCUCAAUAAAUUCACAUAAUUUAGAAAGAUUUCGUCAAUUCAGUUUGUUUAAUCCAUCUGUAUGUUUGUGACCUCUACCUAUGA